AUGUGCAUACUGAUACCGAUACUCCUCAUCUGGGCAAUCUCCACACUAGCCUCACCUAUGCAGGCUCUCCCUGAGCUCUCCAACAUCACGCUCCUCGCCCGCGGAAACCCAAAUGCCUGCCCGGCCAACAAAUACCAUCACCCCACCGUGAGCGAGUGGGAAAACGCGCUAAACCUGUACUGCGAGCGGCACACACCCACAACCAUCAGCACCGACUCGCCGCUCGUAUACACGUACCUGCUGAAUGCAUGGGACAACCGGCCCAUCCUGUGGAUCUUCAAAGUGUGGAUCGACGCCGAAGUGGGCGGGCACACGCCAAUCAAAUACGGGUUUCCGCUCGGCACCCAGCAGUGCAAAGACAAGUUCAUGGCUAUGGUGACGCAGAACAAGGGCGGCGGCAUGCCCAAGGUGUACUGUGAGUAUGAGGAUGGCAAGUGGUUUCUCGGAGGCAGUUAUAAGGAUGUGGUGGUCAAGGGCGCGUGGGCGAGGGCGAUCUGGGAGUCGAGGCAGAUGAGGGGGGAUAGGGAGUGA